UACUUCCGGUUGAAACUGACACACGUGUUGUGUCAUUUUCCAAAAUGUCCAGCUCUAAAUUCGCUCUACAACAGCUCUCUAAACAUGGCUGGAAGGAAGGUUCUGGACUCGGAAAGAGUGAGGAUGGUAUUACAGAAGCAAUUAAAGUGAAACUCAAACAUGAUUCACACGGGGUUGGACAUAAGAAAGGAGACGAGUUUGCCUUCCACUGGUGGGACCAUGUGUUCAACAAGGCAGCGAGUAACAUCAGUGUUAGUUCCACAGAGGACGGUGUCGAGCUGAGUAAAAUGAAGGACAGUAAUAAGGUAUCCACCACUACCUCGAAAACCUACGACAACAAGGCCAUGCUGUACGGCAAAUUUCUCAAGGGAGCAACACUAUCCGGUGGAAAUUAUGAGGCGACCAAUGAGGGGGAUUCUGAUGAUGAAGAGGAACAUCAAGAGGAUACAAAACCUGCAAGGAUUCAAGACUUAGAUGAUGCUGUUCUUCUGAAGGCAUGUGGUGGAAUGACUGGGCACAAGGCUGCCCGGCACGGUCACAAGCUGAAUGGUAAACUAGCACGAAUUCAGGAACAAGAGGCUUUACUUCUUGCUAAAUACAAAUCCCAGAAAACAGUCAUAAAAGAUCAGAACAAGGUUACUGAACAAGGAAAUCCUUUGGUUAAACAAAACGAGAAAGGUGAUGACAUUUUACAAACUGAUGAUACUGCCGACAUAAAGGAAAAGAGAAAAGAAAAGAAAAAAGACAAAUCCGAAAGGAAAAAACGAAAGAGGGAAAUGGAAGAAUCACAGUGUAACAAAGAAGAAGAUACCAUAGAUACGGAUAACAUUGGUAUACCUACAAAACAUAGGUGUGAGGAGAGUUCCGAGUCUGAGGGGCAAGAUACAUACACAACAAAAAAGAAAAGGAAAGAAAAGAAGCGGAAAAAUAAAGAAAAAUCUGAAAAUGUGCCAGAAGACAUCGUUUGUGAUGAGGAGUCAAAUAGAAAGAAGAAGAAAAACAAAAAACGAAAGAGUGAAGUGUUAACAACAGAUAGUGUUAGUAGUGUGACAGAUUCAAAAAAGAAGAAAAGGAAAGACAAAUUAAAAACACAUCCUUGUGAUGAUAGCGAGACAUCAUUAUCAAAACACAGUGAUGAAUGUGCAGUGCAGGAUAGCGGAGCGACAAAAAAGAAGAAAAGCAAAAAACAAAAGAAAGAAAAAUCAUGUGAUUGAUAUGAGACAAUGAAAUUAAUAUUGAAAUAAAUUGCUGAAUUAUUGUCGAAUGAUAUUCAUUGUACAUAGAUUAUGCCAAAAUAUUUAUAACAAUGGAUUUAAUAAAGAAAUGUUUCCUGUCUUUUCCAUAUUUAUCUUUUGU